CAGAGACUAUUUCUUAGUGAAAAAUUAUUACUGAGUUACGGCGAGUUUGAAGAAGAAAAGAAUAGGGUUUUCUUUUUCAUUGUUCUAACAGCGUUUGCCCCAAAAGUGAAGGAGAGAAGAAGAAGAGAGGAAAGAUGAGCAACGAAUCAAGGCCGGUGCCGAGGAGAGAGAGUCCAUGGGGAAUCACCGGAGACAAUCAUCCUGAACCCAAAGCUCACCGUUGCAACGACCGUGUUGAGGAUGUUAUCCAGGCUUGCUUUGAGGGAAACCCAUUCAAGACUGUUCCGGGACCUUUCAAGCUCUUCUGGCAGUGCAUGCGUUCAAAACCUGGUGAGGAACCAACAGAACCAUAUACUUAUCUAGAUUUUGAUCCUCCAAAGAAAGAGGCGAAUCCUGUGAAACCUGAUCAGUAGUGGUUUCAAAAUUUCCCUCCUUGUGGAUGUUUUAUGAGAAGGAAAUAUGUAACUAAAUUGUUUUUGUUUCUUACAUUAAAACAGACUUCCUAUGCCUUAUUACUUAAGAAAUCAUGGCUAGUUGCAUUUUUGAAUAAUUUCCAUGAUAAUCGAUUGGUUUUAGUUUUCAAUGUAA